CUAGCAAAAACCCCAAAAAGCUUUGCGAAAGCUUGCCACGCUAAUCUCGAACAGCUGACUUUGGCAAAACAUUGCUAUUGCUAUGGCAUUAGGGGCGGUCGGACUGGCGACUAGUCAGAUACGAGAUACGGAAGCCAAGCGAGCCGAGGAGGGCGCGAGAUGCGGACGCCGUGCGUAACCACAGUACAAACUAGAAUUCCAAUAAGUUAGUCUAACUUAGGUCCAGGCCCCCUCCCCACCCCACAAAAAUCUGCCAAGUAAACCACUCGUGAUGGUGCCACAGGCUGUGAAGCUGCUCCAGACCUCGCUGGGCCAGUGGCGACGCGGGGUCGCUAGCGGGGGAAAGCUGCAUCCCAUGGCCAAGGGCGCGCUUACGUACGCGGUCAUGUGGCCCACGGGCAGCCUGAUCCAGCAGGCGCUGGAGGGACGCAAGCUGCGGGACUACGACUGGGCCAGGGCGCUCCGCUUCAGCUUGUUUGGAGCCCUGUACGUGGCGCCCACCCUGUACGGCUGGGUGCGGCUCACCAGUGCCAUGUGGCCGCAGACCAAUCUGCGCACGGGCAUCGUCAAGGCCAUCACGGAGCAGCUUUCCUACGGGCCCUUUGCCUGCGUAAGCUUCUUCAUGGGCAUGAGCCUGCUGGAGCUUAAGACCUUUAGUCAGGCCGUGGACGAAACGAAGGAGAAGGCUGCGCCCACGUACAAGGUCGGCGUAUGCAUCUGGCCUUUCCUGCAGACCAUAAACUUCUCGUUGGUGCCGGAGCAUAACCGCGUGGUGUUCGUAAGCAUUUGCAGCCUGAUGUGGACCAUCUUUCUGGCCUACAUGAAGACGCGCCAUGAGGAGUCGGCGGAUAUGGCGGAUCUCCCCUGUACAUAGUUCCCCGUAUUGUCAUAUUUGUUACCUGUUCUACGUCCCUUAGGCCAAUUGUUGAAUUAGAUAGCGUUAGCGUA